AUGGAGAAAGGAGCGAAGAUGCCGGUCUCCAGGAGCGCCGACUUUCCGAUAGACCUGGAUGACUGUCUGGAUAUCCUCAAGGGUCUCUACAGCAGAAAGAACCAUGUGGUCGCCCGACUACAGACUGCUUUCUUUGAGCCAGGGAAGGACUAUAUCGUGUCCAAAGUCCCCCUCAGCAAGCAUAAGUAUUUCCUGACGCCAUCUUGCCUCGUGAGAUUGACCGCCCAGAGGGGUCUCAAUGUCAGGAGGUAUAAGAGAGCUCUGCGCAAGCAGGGAGGUGGACCGGACUCCUCAGAGCAGAUGCAACCCGUCGUUGAGAUGCUCAGAGAGUUGCAGAAAGAGCAGCAGAUCGUUCGGACCGCGUUGAGCAACUUAGAGGAGAGGAACAGGGUUCCGAAUGAGCAAAAACCCAGAUCCAUAGUACAGAGCAUCGUAGACUGUGGAUACUGGAAGGGAGCGGGUUGGGGCAAGGUCGAUGAGCUGGUAGAUGGGUUCCGGGCUUGUGAGAGAGAACUGAGGGCGUCGCUGGAGAUGGACAGGUCUCUCGUCCAGCAAGUAGAACCCGGGCUGUAUGGCAUGCCAUGUCCUGAUGAGAAUCCGCCGGUGCUGCUGAUCUUCGUGCUGCCGCUGGUGGAGGUGACCGCAGAGAAGGGGCCUAUCGAGGUCCUGUGCCCGAAUGGGAGCGUGGUGCUGACCACGAGGGUGGGCGAGAUGUACGGUUUCGAUGGAUCCUUGGAGCAUAGGUUCACGGCUAAUAGAAGUGCUGCAUGCACGCCCGCCCUAGAGUUGAGCUUCUGUCUGUCCAUUGCGAGGAUCACGCUCAUGAUGGAUCCACGACUCACUGGUUAG